AUGUGGUGUGACAGGACAUGCUGGCCCCAGGAGGAGGGAACACUGGAGGGAGGGCCCUGUGGCCUCGAGCCCGGGAGGGGCGUGGUCUCAGGGGGCGGGGCCUCCGCCUGCUUAAAGUCUCCCACCUCCAAGGCCCAGCCAGCAGUCGUGCCUACCUUUUCCUCCGCGGCCAUGCCCCGGUCUCUGUUCCUGCCAUUGCUGCCCCUUCUGCUGCUGCUUCUACCCGAGGCCCCCAGAGCAGCCAGAGUGUCUCCGCUGCAAGCGUCCUCCGAGGCUGCGGCCACCUGCAAGGCCCACGAUCUGUGCCUGCUCGGGCCGCGCCCGCCCCCGCCCCCGCCGGUCACCAUCAGCCUCUAUUAUGAAUCCCUUUGCGGAGCUUGUCGAUACUUCCUGGUCCGAGAUCUGUUCCCGACCUGGUUGAUGGUUAUGGAAAUUAUCAACGUCACGCUGGUACCCUACGGGAACGCGCAGGAAAGAAAUGUCAGUGGCACCUGGGAGUUCACGUGUCAGCAUGGGGAGCUGGAGUGCAGGCUGAACAAGGUGGAGGCCUGUCUGCUGGAUAAGCUGGAAAAGGAGGCGGCCUUGCUGACCAUCGUCUGUGUGGAAGAGAUGCAGGACAUGGAGAAGAAACUAGGGCCGUGCCUGCAGGUAUAUGCUCCAGAGGUGUCCCCAGACAGCAUCAUGGAGUGUGCCACGGGGGAGCGUGGCACGCAGCUCAUGCACGCCAACGCCCAGCUCACCGAGGCCCUGCAGCCGCCCCAUGAGUAUGUGCCCUGGGUCCUGGUCAAUGAGAAACCUCUGAAGGACCCCAGCCAGCUCCUGAGCACUGUCUGUCAGCUGUACCAGGGAGUGGAGAAACCAGACAUCUGUUCCUCCAUGGCAGACCCCCCCAGGAAGGUUUGCUAUAAGUGAAGGUCACUGUCACAAGAAAAACAAGAGCCCAGGUGCUCAGCCUUUUCAAAUCCGGAGCCCUAAAGAGAUACCGCCCAUCAACAAGCAAACUUGUACACAUCCCACAAAACAUACUCGAAACUCCUCCACAUGCCGGUCGGUGGUGGCUCAUACCUUUAAUCCCAGCACUUGGGAGGCAGAGGCAGGCGCAUCUCUGUGAGUUCCAGACCAGCCUGGUGUAUAAGAGCGAGUUCCAGGACAUCCUCCAAAGCUACACAGAGAAACCCUGUUUUGAAAACAAAAACAAAAAAAAUACUCCUCUACGUGUUCAAGAAUCUUGCCUUGCUUUCAAAUGGUGCUAAAUUUAAAUUGUUUGAAUAAAUAAGUUGCUGUGAUUCAUUUUUCCUGGA